AUGCACUUCGAUUGGUUGGAUACCUCUGUGACAAUCGCCUUGUCCACACACAUUACACUGUACUGGACAUACACCUUUAAUACUCCCUCGCCCGCGGCGCACCCGUCUGCCCGCGAUGGCGAAGUGGCGUUUGGCCUGGCCUCCAAUCGCCCUCUACCCCGGCUCCCGAGAGAGCCCGUGCACGAAUCGCUCUCUCACGACUCUCGUUAUCGUCAUGGCUAUUUGAGCUCUCCCGCACAUGACGAUAGAGCCACCACGCCCAGGCGCUCUCCCAUGGAAGCAGUGGAUGCAUCCCAAUUUGGUGUUGCCUUUGGCACCAAUGCGCCACCACGGGCCGGCUCUCGGACUCAACCACCCCACCACGUUUGGCACCGAGCCUACCAAACCUCAACCAAUGAGCAUACAAACUCAGCCCCACUUGGCGAAGUCAGUGAGAGUGAAACACACAAUACAGCGGGCGAACACAGUGAGAGUGAGCAAGAUGUUCUUCUCAGCGAUCCCGCUCCGCCCAUCGCUGCCAACGUGCUGGAUGCCCAGCGCAAGGUCCUGCUGAAGACAUCUGGCCACAGGCAACUCCUCGCCUGCCCAUUUGGGCUUUGCAAAUGCAAGGGGCCCCGCCUUGACCGCAAAGCCUGGGUCAAUCAUGUACUACGCGAGCACCCCUACGACGAGCAAGCCACUGAUCUGGUCAAGCAGGUGAUGGAGGCCAAAUUGGUCGCCCAGUGCAACAAGUGUCACCUCUUCUUCGAAGCUGCUGGUAUCAGUCAACACCGCUCCCGAUGUGGUGCCAAUCUGAAGCGAGCGACCGAGGCGUUGUUUCAUGCGGCUGGACACGACCUGCUUGAGAUUAUGCGUGGCGCUUGGCCCCAACAGUGUGUAGGGUCUCGCAUCAGUGUCUGCGAGCUGCUCAAGCUCGCCCGGCAUAUUAAAGCAAUCUGUUGGGACCAACAGAUGCCACAACAAGAUGAUACACCAAGAUGGUACAGCAAGAUGUUACACAACAAGCACGCCGAGUACCUCAUCAACAUCCGCCCCAAGGAGCACCUCAAUGGCUAUUGUGCCUAUGAGCUCCUCACCGGCAUCAAGCCCCAUGACAUCCGCGACUUGCACCCCUUUGGCGCCGACGCUUUUGCCUUUGACCCGCUGCGCCGUGGUGGCAAGCUCGGUCCCAAGGCCCGCCACGGUAUUUAUGUGGGCUUUUCGCCGACUUCACUCUCUCACAAGGUCUACUGCCCUGACACCAACACUAUCAUCGAGACCAUCCACGUCAAAGUUGUUCCCCGUGCUCGAGAUAAAAUCUGCAACCCCGCUCUUUGCGGCCCGCGUUUUGGCGGCGCCCUCGCUCCCACCGUGUCCGCUCGCUUGCUCGCUUGCUUGCCCCGCGGACAUGGCCACUGA